GAGUUAUGAAAGUUCUUAUGAAAGUUCUUUCCGGAGUCACGCUAUAUAAUGUCAUUUAUCUCUAUUACUUCCCUGCAGAUUCUUUAGAGAUCCACACCGAAGGCUCUUUGCGGACAUUCAGAGGAAUCAUGUUGGGAUCAGUGGUUAUUGGUAUAGGCAUCGCAGGAUGUGUGCGAAUGAGAGAUUUACUCACUCCUCUGCCGUCCAGCGCUGCUGAGAAGUUCAGCAUCAAGGGCUUUGUGUCCAGGAGGAGUCUUGAAGACCAGCAGGGUGUGAAGCAGCUCUCGAUGACGGAGCCGUUGAGCAGAGAUGACAUCCAUGUGGCGUUCAUAUGCACGGAAAACACCAGCCAUGAAGAGCAAAUCAGGCAGUUUCUGGAGGCGGGAAAGCAUGUGUGUGUUGAGUAUCCCGUAACCCUCAGCUACGAGUCUGCAGUGGAUCUGUGGAAUCUGGCUCAGCAGAAAGGCCUGGUGCUACAUGAAGAACAUAUUGAACUCCUCACUCCUGACUUUAAACAGCUGAAAAAAGACAUAGCUGGGAAAACUCUAGAGGAGGGAACGCUGCACUUCACAGGUGGAUCCCUGAAGCCAAAUUUUGGGUUCCCGUCUUUCAGCGGUAUUUCCAGACUGACCUGGUUGGUUGAUCUUUUCGGGGAGCUCACGGUUACUGCAGCAUCUCUGGUGGAGGAGAAAGACAACAAAUACAUGAAGAUGACGGCACACUUACUGACCCGACAGCAGAAGCCUCUAACUUGGAUUGAAGAGCGGGGUCCAGGGCUGGGCAGAGCCAAACACAUACACUUUCGCUUCCAGGACGUCACCAUCACGAAGCUUCCUACAGGUCAGCAGGAGCCGGUCAGUCUGUUCAUGCAGGAUCUGGUGCUGUUCGGCCGGAAGCUGCAGGGUGAAGUGUCUGCCGCCGAGCUCCAGGAGGAGAGGAGCAGGAUCUUACACUGUCUGCAGCUGGCAGAACGCAUUCAGCAGCUCAGUGAAAGCACACAGGCCUGAACCUGAACCUCUCCACGCUGCAUCUUCACUAAAUAAGAAGAAAUGAGUCACUGUGGGCAUGAGUUCAGUCUUUUCCUACAUGGAAUUGUGGGAUGUAGACUGUGGUGUACAGACAGACGACUAGAGUGGAAAAUAAUAUGAAAAUAAUUAAAUAUAUAGAUUUAUUUUCAUUUAGAAUUUUUUUAACAGUGAAAAUCAGUUUGCUGAUCAGUUGCAUUUUAUGGUAUUUU